AUGCCCCCCAGACACAUUGUCUUCGACAUCGUCGGCACCCUAAUCACCUACGACAAUCUUAUCUCGGCCCUAAACUCACGUCUCGGUCCCAAACUCCUCUCCAGAAAUAUCACACCGACCCAUCUCGUCGCAACAUGGUUCGAAGUUGCCGAGCGGGAGUACGCCUACCUUAGCAUCGCAAACGCCUACGUCCCCUUCGACAUCUGCUUCGAGAACCUCUUCUACAGGACUCUUCAUAUCGCUGGAAUCUCAUCACCGAGGGAAUUCGCGUCCCAGGAAGAUCUAGAGAUCUUGCUGAGUGCGCAUAGGGAGCUAGAAGCAAGAGAGGGUGCCAAGGAGUGUGUACGAUUGCUGCAUGACGCUGGGUUCACCGUGUGGGGACUCACAGCUGGCGGGCUGGAUCGCGUGCGGGCUAAUUUAGAUGAUGGCGGAAUUGGCAUUCCGAAAGGGAAGCUGCUUAGUUGUGAUGAGGCGGGCGUUGGGAAGCCGGAUUUGAGGGCUUAUGGGCCGUUGUGGGAGAGGUUGAGCAAGGAUGCGGGAGAGCAUGGAGAGGUCUGGUUUGCGGCGGCGCAUGCGUGGGAUGUCUCGGCUGCGAGGAGGGUUGGGUUUAAGGCGGCGUAUUGUACGGCCCUGGAGGGUGAGGUGAUCCCUCAGCUCUUUGGGGAGAUGCAUGUGGUUGGGGAGUCGUUGGUGCAGGUGGCUGAGGGGAUUGUUGCGUCCAGUCGAGGAUGA